AUGAGCUCUCAGGUGCCCGUCUUGGGCAACGAGCCCACGCCCAACCACUCUCAUCCCAUCGACGAGAAAACGGCCUCUUCGUCGGAAGACGAAAAGGCGACAGGUGAGAAGGAUGGCAGUGAGCGGGAUAUCGACGGGCAUUCGCGCUGGCAGAAGUCAGACGUCGAGACGGCCGGGUCGGUUCUUUCUGAGGUGCUCGAGAAUGAGCGGGAUAUCGCGACCCAUGUUAUUUCCACGGGCGACGAUCCGACUUUGUCGCCUUGGACGUUCAGGGCGUUCUUCAUCGGUAUUGGUCUGUCCGCCUUUGGUGGUGUUCUCGCCGAGAUUUAUUACUUCAAGCCCCAAACCGUCCAAGUGUCGACUAUGUUCCUCGCUAUCAUCUCAUACGUCCUCGGUAUAUUCAUGGAGACCUUCAUCCCGCGCCGCGGCGUCUUCCGAUACUUGAACCCCUUCCCGUUCAACAAGAAGGAAAACGCGUUCAUCGUCAUCAUGGCCGGCGCGGCAGCCAACUCCGCUCUCGGGACUGAAGUCCUCGCUGUUCAGCGCUUGUACUACAACAUCACGCCCAAUGCUGGGGCGUCCAUCUUCUUGCUGUUCUCUAGUCAGCUCUUGGGCUAUGGCUUUGGUGGCUUGAUGCGAUCGAUCCUGCUGUAUCCGUCCAAGAUGUUGUACCCGUCGACGUUACCUUUGGUCUCCAUGUUUGACGCGUUUUAUCGCGAUGGAGGGGCUUCGAAUAAGAAGAAAUUGAGGUUGUUCUAUAUCGCUUUCGGAGUGAUCUUCAUCUGGGAGAUGUUCCCCGAGUGGAUCUUCCCCCUCCUCACCGGUUUCUCCAUCUUCUGCCUCGCGGACCAACAAAAGAGCGUCAAUUUCACUUACGUGUUUGGUGGCUCGAACGGUAACGAGGGACUCGGCCUGCUGUCGAUCUGUUUCGAUUGGCAGUAUAUCGCGGGAAGUUAUAAUCCGAUGACUAUUCCGUUGCAGGCUCAGUUUUCGAAUGUGCUGGGGUAUAUCAUGUGCAUGGUCAUCUUCUGCGCUGUGUACUAUAAGAAUAUCUGGUCGUCUUUAGAUUUCCCAUUCUUGUCACAAGAGCUUUUCAACGCCGACGGCUCCACCUACAACCAGACCCUCAUCCUCAACUCCGCCUACGAAGUCGACCCCUCCCUCCUCGCCGCCCAAGGUCUCCCCUUCUACUCCGGCACCUGGGUCGUCCAGCUGCUCACCUCCAACCUCGGUCUCGCCGCCACAUUCACGCACCUGCUCCUCUGGAACCGCAAUGAUCUGAGCGCGGCGUGGACGUGGGCGCGGCCGAACGAGUUGAAGAGGAUGUGGAGGGAGUUUGAGUGGAGGUUUUGGAGGGAUGAGGGGAGGAGGGAGGUGCCGGAUGAUGUGGAUUUGGAUCCGCAUUAUAGGGAGAUGUUGAAGUACCCGGACGCGCCGAACAGCUGGUAUAUCGUCGUUCUCAUCGCUUCGCUGAUCAUGGCAUUCGUCCUCAUCUACAAAACGGACUCGACGCUUCCUUGGUGGGGUUUUAUCGUCGCCUGUCUACUCGCCGUGAUCUCGAUAUUGUUCUUCGGGAGUCUAUACGCUAUCACGGGUCUGCAGUUCAUUAUUCAGCCUUUCAUCCAAAUGAUUGCAGGGUUCAUCCAUCCGCGCAAGCCUAUGGCGAAUAUGUACUUCGUCUUGUACGGAUACAAUUCGGUCGUCCAAGCGCAGUUGUUGCUUCGUGACCUUAAGAUCGCGCAAUAUACGAAAUUACCCCCUCGCGCAGCGUUCACGGCUCAGAUCUUCGGAACGUUGUUUGGUGCUGUUCUCAAUUUCAUCAUGAUGAACUCUAUUAUCAACAAUCAACGCGACAUCCUCCUCUCCGUCGAAGGUACCAACAUCUGGUCCGGCCAACAACCCCAACAAUACAACUCGCAAGCCAUCGCCUGGUCUCUCUCCCACGAACUCUUCACGGUCGGGAAACGGUACCAGUGGGUCGCGUGGGCGUAUCUUCUCGGUCUGUUCGUGCCGGUGCCGUUUUGGGCCGCGCAUAGGUGGUGGCCGAAGUUGAGGUUGGAUUAUUUGUAUACGCCUAUUAUUUGCUAUUAUAUGGGUUGGCUCUGCGUGGGUAUCAACUCGUCGAUUACGUCCUACUUCGCUAUUGCCUGGUUCUCGCAGUGGUACCUCCGUACGCGGUACCCGAAGUGGUUUGUUAAGUACAACUACAUCCUCGGCGCCGCUCUCGACGGUGGAACCCAGGUCAUGGUCUUCCUCCUCUCCUUCGCCGUCCAAGGCGCGAGUGGAAAAUCUCACCUCUUCCCACAAUGGUGGGGCGCGAACCAAGCGGGGAAUUACGAUUGGUGUGCUGUGCCCGCUGCUGAUGCCAGUUAGUAGUCAGUCCGGGAUGGUAGGGUUUUUCUUCAAUGUGGUCUCUCCCUCUCUCGGACUCUGUUU